AGUGAGGUGCGUGUGUCGCGAUGGCCGGCAACAUCGUGGCCGAAUGGCUGCGAUCCCUGCACCUAGGCCAAUACUCCGAGAGUUUCAUUGACAAUGGCUACGACGACUUGGAGAUCUGCAAGCAGGUGGGCGACCCCGACCUCGACGCCAUUGGGGUCUUCAAUCCGGUGCACCGGAGCCGACUGCUGCAAUCGGUGCGGACUUUGCGUGAGGAAGGCGCCGCCUCCGUCUACUUCACCCUGGAGGAGAGUGCCGCCGUACACGAGGAGUGUUUGUGUGACAAUGUGAGUGCAAGGUCUUCGCGGACGUCGUCGGGCCGCUCCGAGAAGGACGUCGCCGCUGCUGGGGGCCGUAACACGCCGGUCGCCUCCGACAGUGGACAGGAGGUCGCCAAGUACUUGGACGAGUAUGAGGAGGGCAAAGCCGAGCUGGUGAAGAUUCCGAGGAUGCAGCUGAAGAAGCUACUAAAAGAAAAGCUGGCCCACGAUGGAAUCCGACUCAGCUGUCAGCCCUAUUCGACUCCGGACGGUGAGCGAGGAUAUCUCGAGGGUUUAGCAUCCCGAUACGCCGACUUAUUUAGCACACACUACGGGGAUGUUUUGGGUCAUCUGGAAGAUUUGCGUCGUAUUGAGUGGGCAGAAUCCUCACCCCGGGAACGAAGUGCUAUUACGCCCGGCACUCCACCUGCCAACUACAGUCCUGUUGGUGGAACACCCGUUUCAACAGGACAUGGUCUCACGUCAUCACAAUCGCAGCCUAUUUACGUACCCGGAAAAUAUUCGGGAGAUACGACUGUUAAGAAGAUAGCCAUGCCGUCAAGUUGUUUGAGUGAUAAAGAGGAAGACGAAAUAUACGGCUUCGGAUAUGGAGUAUUUGGGGCACAAAUCGCAAGGCAGCAGCAGCAAAGGUUAAUGGGACCAGCACCCACGAGUCAUCAACCACUAUUAUUACAACACCAGCACAACUAUCAAACAUGUCUAAGUCCACGGUCGGCCUACUUUUACGAAUUUCCUCCCAGCGAUCAAAAUUAUACCAACACAAGCAAAAAGAAAACGACUUUUUCAAGGUUUCUGCGAGGUCUUAAGACGUCUCAUCGCAAAGAAAAACACGGAACGAGUUCUCCGAGGCACGGGAGAGCUGCCACUCGGGGUGUCCCACAGAGGGUCGACACCCCUGACAGCGUCCUCCAAAGCGGUCUGGGUCUGACGGAUCUGGGACAGCACGCUGUGCUCCGUUCCAUGGUAGACCCCCGCGACUACGACCGCCUCCGCCACCUCCAGAUGAACGGCGGCGCCCCCAACACAUUUGAAGAGACAAUCUACAAGUUGAAACUACAAGAAGCUUUAAGGAAACGAGAGAAAUUUACGAAAGAACACGAAGAGAUCCUGCGAGACAUUAAGCAGGGUUUAUUGCAGUUGGGCAAGGAGGGUAUCCGGGGGCCUUUGUCGGGAGAUGACACUUAUAUGUACGAUGAGGACGCGCGAAUGCUGGCACCGGGCGCUCACGGCCACGACCGAGGCCAUUGGUAUGAUGAACCGCCGUACGAAAGCGACCCGGAGGACUUCCUAAUGGGCAGCAGUCCUGGACCAACGGCCACUAUACAAAACGGUCGAGUUUGCUUUACCCUGAACCUGAGGCAAGAGUCCCGUGGGGAAGGAGUAAUCUCGCUGAGAAGUGCCGGGGAUAUCUCCCUUCCUAGAGACACCCCUACCGCCACCACUCCCAGGGGAACUCCUAGACGUGGACUUAUUCUACCACAAGCUGGUUACCCACCGACUAUUAUUCCGCUAAGAUCGUCUCGAGACCGAGAAAGCGGCGAUUACGCCAGUUCCGAUGUGCAGAGUAUUAGUUCAAGACUAUCGACCCUCUCCAUGGACACGAGUCGAUCGGAACAACAAGACAUAUCCCAGAUGGUUUCUCCUCAAUACUACAGCCACUUGGAGGGAAAAAUACGACACUUUAGGAAAACAAACAGCGGCUACCCCCGAAGCGAAGACGGUCUUUCCCCCAGCCAAAGUUCAGACUAUGAGGAUACAGACGAGUUCAGUAAUUGUAGUCAACAAGUAGCAACCGUCCACGUGUCGAGUGACGGACGAUCAGCGGGGGCUUCUGGUAUUGUGGGGAAAGUGCGUGGUCUCAGGGAAGACGUUCAAAAAAAAAUAUCAAGACUGAAAGGUGACUCGAAUGAACAAAAGCGAGCUGAUCAAGCCUUCCCGUGUUCGGCGAGUUCGGUGGAAAGUUUACCGAGUGGGUCAGGAUCUAGUACGCAAGCUCUUGUCAGAGCAGGAAGCAAUCAUAGUUCUAUUUCCACGGAGGAUGCUGAUCCCAGUCCAACGGAGCAAAUUGUGGGGAGAGCGAGGGCUUUGGUAGAUCACAUACCUAGUCCAUAUGAUAAAGAAGCUUUAAAAUAUAAGAAAGGUGAUAUAAUAGAUAUAGUUUCAAUGAAUACAAGUGGCCAAUGGCGAGGUAUCUGCCAUGGAAAAAAGGGAACAUUUAAAUUUAUUAAUGUAGAGUUAUUGUCGGAAAGAUCGGUGAAAGCCAGGAGAGAGUUGAAAUGGCAUCGCAACAUCAAAGGGAAACCCAUUUCAGUUGAAGAUUUGUUACAGAAGAUCAACUUACAAGAAUAUAUAUCAGUUUUCGUGUUAAACGGUUACGAAGAUUUAGAAUUGUUUAAAGAAAUUGAACCAUCUGACCUAGACUAUUUAGGAAUCGUAAAUUCAGACCACAGAUCGAAAAUCUUAACUGCAGUGCAACUUCUUCACGACUUGGACUCGGGAAGUGAAGGAGACAUCGCCGGAUCGAGUAGUGAAGGCGAUGACCAUAACAGGAUUCUGGCUCUGGAGGCUGGAGGUUCUUGUUCUCCGUUCGGCAGAAGACAGUUUCCCCGAGACUCUGGUUGUUACGAUGCUGCGUUGAAGAGUUCUCGUCAAGCCCACAUUUCUCCUCAAGGAGAAUCGGACGCAAGUGAUAAUGCUGGAUUUUGUGAUAAUACGAAUAACUUAGAUGCUGUAGUAGAACAAUGCAAUAAUGAAAUAUUAGCACGAGUACGGCAAGCUCAAAAGAAUUCGAUGAAUCUGAAAGAAGAGCUGUCUUAUCAACCAAACAUACCGAAUUCAUCGAGUUCGGAAAAGUUGCAAAAGAAGCCGAAAGAUUCAUAUGUAAGUGUGCACGGACAAACCACUUUAAUAGAUCCUUGUCGUAGAAACCUUCUUAAUCGUGCUAGUGGACGGAAAAAUAGCGAAGAUGUGUGCGAAGCGGAUCAAAAGUUGACUUCAGUCAAAUAUGUUGUAGGUGGAGGCUCCGAAUUAGGCCUCAAUGAGAAUAAUUCUGUACUUGGGAGAAGUUGUCUCAGUGAAAAAUCUAGUGAUUCGGGCAUUAGCAGUAGUUCGUUGUCUUCUGCGAAUCUUAAAGAAUCUCGCCAACCCGUCCUUUCCCAAAACGUAACAGAAAACCCUGCUCACGGCAUCUUCAAUUUAUCUAAUUGUGCCAAUCGUACUACGUCCACAACUGCCAAUAAUAAAGAAAAAACUUUUAAGUAAAAUAUUUAUAUGUUUAGAGACUUUUUAUAUUAUUUAUUAUUAUCGUUUAGUCAUUUUUAUCGCAAAUAUUUUAAAUGGACUGUUUGUAUAAAGCAAUUUUUUAAAAGUGAAUGUUGAAAUCAACUAAUCGUGAUAGCAACUGAGAUUUCUAAAUUAAAUCUGUCUCUGUUGUAGGCCUGUACAUAGACUUUAACGAAACGAAUGUACAUUUUGUACAUAAUUAUUUAUUUAUUAAAGCAACUAGUCUCUUUGUUUUUGUACAUAACGAGCUUUUAUAAGUGGUUGCAUUUGAUUUCAUUUUUUUACUAUUGACUGGAUUUAUGUGUAUUUCUCUAUACGCAUAUCACCUAUUUGUACAUGUUAGAAAGUAUUAACGUUAUAUGUCAGUCAAUAAAUUUAGAAGAUUUAUUUAAUAAAACAAUUAUAAAACUUU